GUCGAUGCUGGCAUCAUCGUAGUGGACGUGAGAAGAAUGUACUCUUGGUGUUGGUAAUGGAUGCUGCCUUCAUUGGUGGCCAUCCUUGUAGUCAUCCUGGUCGCCACCAAGUAAACUGUUCAGUCCUCCUCUGUGGGGCAGUUGCCCACAUAAGUUCAUUCCAGGGCUGUUGCUGUAGCCCGCCUAGCUGAGCUUGGUGAUUUCCUUCACCUUUUUCUGCUGAUCUGAAGCAGUUGGAUGAGCUGUUGCCUCUACGGAGGUUGGGAGGCGUUGAUCCGUGGCCGUCAGGACAGGAAUAAUGUCUGAAGGCGGUGAACCUUCCCGAAAGGAGAAGUGGUCUCCCGGGACAGAGGUUGUCGGUCGCUUCAACUUUGAUGGCACCAGCAGGGAUGAUUUGCCGUUCCGAAAAGGAGACAUACUCACCAUCGUGGCUGCCUCCAAGGACCCGAAUUGGUACAAAGCCAAACGGCAAGACAACAAAGAAGGUAUGAUCCCCUCCACAUAUGUCCAGCAACGGUCGGCGGUAAAGCUCCAUGCCAUGCCUUGGUACCAUGGUAAGAUUUCUCGCGAGGAAGCAGAACGGUUGCUUCAUCCCAGAAAAGAUGGCCUCUAUCUCAUCCGAGAAAGCGUCAACUAUCCAGGAGAUUUCACACUUUGUGUUUGCUUCGAAGGUUUUGUUGAGCACUAUCGCGUAUUUCGGCAAAACAACUUACUGACAGUCGACCAAGAAGAAUAUUUUGAGAAUCUAACAAAGCUCGUAGAGCAUUAUCAAGCAGAUGCUGAUGGUCUGUGUACACGACUUCGGAAAGCGCUGGACAAACAAGGCCAGCUCGACUACGAUAUCGACAGAUCCGAGUUCAGAAAAGCCGGAUGGGCGAUUGCACGGAAAGAUCUCGUUUUCGGUCAGCGACUAGGUGGUGGUGAAUUUGGAGAGGUAUUCAAUGGUGACUACAGAGGCAUGAAAGUCGCUAUCAAAACAUUAAAGGACGAACAGGCGGUACAAGCAUUCUUGGCGGAAGCAUCAGUAAUGACAGCGCUAAGGCAUCCCCAUCUCGUCCAGCUUCUUGGUGUUUCCCUGGACGGCGGUCCGGGACAACCUAUCUAUAUUGUUACAGAAUUCCUGGCGAAGGGUUGUCUUGUCGACUACUUACGGUCACGGGGUCGCUCAUUAAUUCGUAAGAAGGAUCAAGCUGAGUUCUCGCGUGAUGUCGCAUCUGGCAUGGCAUAUCUCGAAUCUAAGAACUUGGUACAUAGAGAUUUAGCCGCAAGAAAUGUUCUAGUGUCAACUGAAGGAAAGGCGAAGGUUGCUGAUUUCGGUCUGGCCCGUGAAGCAACUCACAACCUUGAAGGUGGAAAGUUCCCCAUCAAGUGGACUUCGCCUGAAGCACUACGGCAUAGCAAAUUCUCGACUAAAUCGGACGUUUGGAGUUACGGCAUUAUGCUCUGGGAACUUUACUCAUUCGGCCGUGUUCCUUAUCCGAGAGUGCCGCUUGCGGAAGUGACUCAGCAUGUCGAGUCCGGCUAUCGUAUGGAGUCGCCGGAUAACUGUCCGCCAGAAAUUUACUCUAUCAUGAAACGUUGCUGGGACAUCAAGCCAGAGCUUCGGCCUGCCUUCUCUCUACUCUACGGUGAACUCGAUGUGCUUGCGGCGAAGUCAUGAGCCCUUUAGCCCUCGUAGUUUGUCACUGCUAGUCAGUGCCUGCUGCGCAGCCUGUUUUUUACAAGCGCGAGUUUGAUGGCUGCCGUCGGGAGGAGGGGGCUGAAAACUAAUGUAGUGCCGUCUUUGUUUUGUGCGCACCGGUGGCCGAUUUUCCUGGCACUGUUCACCGCAAACUAAAACAAGUCUGCAUAUUUGAGCAUUUUGAAAAGCAGAAGCAAAAAUACCCAUCUCUAGGCUAUCUUUAGCUCCCCGGUCCUCUUUUAUAUUCUCUUUGUUGCUUGGCACGUUGGCAGUCGCACUGUACAGGUGCGAGUUCCCAUAAAUCCAUGAAACUGCCAAACUUCCUAGCCUCUUUCUCCUUUCUGUCUGCUUUUCUUCUCGUUCCUAUUCCUUGACUGAUGCCACCAAACAACCGCCUAUUGUAUUAUUUUCCGUUGCUCCAGGUUUUUUCCCAUCGUUGUCUUUUAUUAUGAGUGAGCCCAUGAUGACGACGAUGCCCGCUGAUGAUGAUGUGUACAGAAUUAACUAGCCAUGCCCUAUCUGUCGUUACCAGUGUGAUGCUGCAUUGCACCACCUACCCUGCUUGACUUCUUCUAUUUCACAUUUAACUAUUAUUAUUUGCAAACAUUCUAGGCUCGACCAACUCAUGUAUAGCGUGUAGGUUUUGUCCGAUGAAACUUUAUUUGUGUCAGCUCACCCGUAUGUUGUCAUUUUUCUUCUUCCUACUUCUUUCUGUUGCUCUAAUGCAAUCAAAAAGGUUUGGAGGAACAUAAUGUGCGAAAAAUUGA